CCGAAUCGCUGUUAUACUACAAACUCCAUAACUGUCUAUCAGUUUUUUGAGUAAUCGAAUGCUGCAGUUCCACGUGUAUUCAUCGAUUCUCACCUGGCUUAUAAUUGUUUCAGGCUCCAUAAUGUUCCACGUUCGGCGUCGUCCGGCGGACAUGGCGCCGCGUAAGCGCAAGAAGAAACCUGGGGGCAGCGGUGGCAGCGGCGGCGGGGGUAGCUUGGGCGGCAUCGCGGGCGGCCAGCAAUCAGGGGCGGGCGGCGCGGGCAGCCACCAUCACCAUCACCAAGCUGGAGUGCCGUUGCUCAUUGAGCUAGGACCGGAUGGAUCAGCGCCCCAUCCUUCGGACACUGCCAGGACUGUUAGGUUGACAGGAGAUGUUAUGGAGGUGGGCAGCGCCAACGGCAUCGGUCUGCAACUGUACGGCCCGCACAUCCAACCUCGCCACGCCGUAAUCACCCACGCCCCAGAUUCGGGUAUCACCACCGUCACCCCAUGUCACCCUGACGCGCACACCUACGUUAACGGUCAACGCAUCCACCAGACGGCGCCACUGCAGCACGGCAGUUUGGUCAAGUUCGGACACAGCAAUACGUACCGGUUUGUGGACCCCCAGCAUGAAGAGAGACUGCAGCACAGGGUAGCGCCCCAGGCGGGAUUGGAUAAUGGACAGGCGAGGUUGUAUGACAGUCGUUCGCCGAGAGCUCUCAGUCCCACAGAUCCUGUCAGGGAGAACAUCGAGACCACUUUCGAUUUAGAAGGCAAUGUGGAAACGGUAUCUACCACAAGUGGGGCCAGGGAGGACAACAGAAGUUUGGGUUCAUCGUCAGAGAAUAGGCUGAGCGGUAUCGACAGGUAUCCCCGCGGACAAGACCCCAUCCUCCCGGCCGUACUCGAGUUCCCCGAGGAACCUCAAGAGCAAUUCCUGGCCCGAGUGAUCACUCAUCUGGACGUAACCACGCCCACAUUCCGACUCGCGCCCGCUUACACGCUGUACCUGUGCGCGCGGUACCGAGCCUCUACCCACUACCGACCUGAGCUGACACCUACAGAACGAGCGCAUAAGUUGACGUUACUGUUGCAGCAUGCUGCUAUGCUCAUCAGGCACACUGUACAGGAUCGAAGUACGGACGGCAUGUCACAAGCAUUCUGGCUAGCAAACGCUAGCGAACUUCUUCACUUCUUGAAAUCCGACAGGCACGUCUCUGCCUUUUCGCUACAAGCUCAAGAUACUUUAGCCGAUGCGGUGCAGCUGGCCUUUAAGAACCUGGUAGCCUGCCUGACAGAUGAGUUGGGUCAAGCCAUGGGCUACUUGAUGUCUGUGGCAGGGGAUGAUCAUCCAAGGGAGAUCAUUAAUACGCUCAGUGCUGCCAUGAACUUGUUAAGGAAAUGCCGAGUAAAUGCAGCUCUGACCAUCCAACUGUUCUCCCAAUUGUUCCAUUGGAUCUCCGCUAAAGGGCUCGCCACUGUAGUCUCGAACGCCAACCUGUGUACGAGGCAUUUCGGUGUCCGUUUAGGCAAUAGGCUACGUAAUCUGCAGGCAUGGGCCGAAUCUCAAGGCUUGGAACUAGCUGCUGAGUGCCACCUAGCGAAGAUAGUUCAGUGUGCUCAUCUACUUCAAGCGCCAAAGUAUGCUCCUGAGGAUCUAGCCAAUUUAUCCGCUGUUUGUUUUAAGUUGAACUCAAUGCAAGUGGGAGCUUUGCUGAUGCAGUAUAAACCUGAGCCAACUGAGAAAAUAGCAGCUCCGUCAAUGCUGGAACAAGCUUCGAAAGCAGCAGAGAGUGUAGCAGAUGAACUGGCUCGAGCGGAAGGCCGCGAGGUGGCGUUAUUUGAAGAACCGGCACCCGCUCUUCAAUUGUUACUGCCCGAUGACGGGUAUAGCUGCGACGUGGUGCAAGGAGUUCCUCCUGGACUGGCUGAUUUCCUGCAUCCGCUCCAGGCCGCUGGAUUAUGCAGGUUGGCAGCUCAGCCGACUAGUAGUGGACAAUGGACGGUUUACAUGAACGCGCCUAGACCUCCGUCGGCUAUGAGCACCACACAACCGGAGGUUCAAGUGAUUCGUCUUCACAAAUCAGGCGGUGGCAUGGGCCUGUCUAUCGUAGCAGCUAAGGGAGCAGGGCAGGAACGACUAGGUAUAUACAUUAAAUCUGUUGUAGCUGGAGGAGCAGCUGAUAGAGAUGGUCGCCUAGCAGCAGGAGAUCAGCUGCUCAGUGUUGAUGGUCAGUCAUUGCUAGGAAUAACCCAGGAAAAAGCAGCCGAGUUCUUACAAAGGACAGGGAGUGUAGUAACCUUAGAGGUCGCUAAAGCAGGAGCUGUAUACCAUGGCUUGGCAACAUUGCUACAACAACCUAGCCCAACACCAGCACAUAGAGGAAAAAUAUGCAGAUGCCGUCACAUUCAUUUACAUAGACAUGGAAAGUAUAAAACAUUAAUAUCUUUAGAGCCAGAAAGUUAUGCAGUAGCAGGUCCCCGACGAAUGUCGGAGCGCGACUUGCCAUCUAAAGUGGACCAGGAGCGCGCCAUCCCAGCGUCCAAAUCGGUGCCCGCGCUGCACCAGAUCCACGCGGGAGGUAGCGGUGGCGGUGGCGACCCUUCUCGACCGCCCCUUUACCAACCGCCCGCUCCCGACGCGUACGGCAGUCGUCCCGUGCCUGGCGCCGCCGCCCACCUCGCGCAGAAUGGAGGCGGCGUCGUGGCGCCCGGUCUGCGCAGUCGUAGCACGCACAAUCUGCAUCAACAGCAGCAGCAACAACAAGAUGGCGGCUUCUACCAGAAUCUGAGCAUAUACAGGAAUAAGGUGCCAAGUCCGCAACAUCUUGGUGAUAGGACUUCUGUACUCCGCAGCUCCCAGAACUCUUUACAUUCCUCCGUAGCCAACUCCGGGCAACAGCGACCCGCAUCGGCGUACUACCCCCCUGCCCCCGCAUCAGCGGCUAUCUCUCGGCCCCCCGGGGUGGGCAACCAUCUCCAUCAAUCCAUACCCAACCUGAAAAGCCCCCCCUCCACCCAUCGAUUGCAUGGCGAUGAGCAAGUGGGAAGGACGGGCAGUUAUCCCAACGUGCAGGGGUACUAUACUGCCACCUCCACCGGAGCUCCCUAUCAGAGACACUAUGCGACGGAGGAUGGCAAAAUGCCAUUUUAUGGAAAUCAUACGGGUCAGUCAUAUCCAAGCCCCACCCAUAAUGGUGGGUAUGGAAAUAACGGGUUACAGCAGCCAUUACAUAUCAAUCCGAGCAUAAGACAGGAAGAAGUACGAUACAGCAAUACUGGUGGUGGACUACUCCGGGAGGAUGUGUUCAGGCAAUCUGAAAGACUGAGACAUGAAGAAAUGAUGAGUAGGUACCCCAGUCAGCCUGCGAUCCACACCAGCCGUCUCGCCGAUCUGCCAACGGAUCGCCUCCCGUCCGAAAUCCGGCCGUCGAAGAGCGACGACGCUCUAAAGCAUCACGCGAUCGGCGAAAUCUCGCGUUACGCCAGCAGCGGCAACGUCGCCAAGGUGGACGGACCUUUAGUGACGAGAGCGGUCCAAGAGGAUCGACACUUGAGAGGGGCGGCCAAGCUGGCCGAGAUGAGCGAGGAGGUGCGGAGGCGGCAGAACAGGGUCCAGUACAACCAACAGCGCGACUACUACCAGCAACAGUACUACAACCACAUGAUGUCCCAGAACGCGCAGAGCAUGCAGAACCUGAGUAUCAACCCGCACCCCACCUUCAAUCACACCCCGCAGCAGCAGUAUUCGCCCCAGCAAUCCUCCUACUCUUCCCAACAGAACUCGUACCCACCUCAACAGAACUCUUAUCAGAACCCGUUGUCACCAACGUACAAAACGCCACCUGUGGCGCCCAAACCACAUCACAAGAAGGAUGAUGUUCCAGAACCGCCUCCUACGAGCACCCAUCCUUUGUACUCGGCUAGCUUGCAGGAUCCGCCGAAGAUGGCGUUUUACCCUACAGCCAUACCAGGUACUAGCAACAAACCUCCAGCGCGCGACCCUUGGGCUCGUGAAGAGCAAGAGAGACAGCAAGAGGUGCGAAGAGAAGCGGCGCGUCAGUGGCAAGAGCAACAGAUCAGAGAAUUGGCAGCGUUGCCGAGACGUACGCCUCAACAGGAGGAGCAGCUGAGGGUGUUACAGCUAGAGAAGGAAUUCCAGAGGAGGGCGGCCAUGGAAGCGGCUGAGCUGGACGAUGACGAUACAGAAAAGGAAAGUCCAUCGCCAAAGAUGCCCAGUCCUAGUCCACCUCUACCAACCAUCACGACACAGUCUGUUAGUUCUCUGACGACAACAACUAGCACCAGCAAAUUGGAAUCAUCACAACUAUCUCCUACUUCGAUUCUCAAAUCUAAUGGCAAUGCUUUGAGCAGUACAUCUAACGGAUUACAACAACACCAAACGCCAUCCUACUCCCAUUCUCAAAUACACCAACAGCCACAACAACAACCCCACCAGCCUCAACCUCAACAACAACAGCAGCAGCAACAACAUUCACCAAUCGAGAGUCAAGCUCAGCCCCCUGCACCUCCAGAAAGGGGCUCUAGCUUCACUGUGAUGUCCAUGAGGGUGAAGGAGACCACGAAACGGGUCUCGUUCAACGACACCUCGGCUAACAGCACUUCUCCUCAGCAGCAACAGCAUUCUCCACAGUCGCCGCAACAGUCGCAACCGCCAACCACGUUGCAGCUUGAUGAGAUUGUACGGGAAGAUCCGAAUCAUACUGGAUUUUGAUUAAGCAAUUUGUUUUGCACCAACAAUAGCAAGAGUUUUAUCCGCCAAGCUGAGUCAAUGCUCGCGUCCCCAGCAACGCCUACAGAUCCAAGUGGCAGUGGAGGAACUUCUGUUGCUACGCCAGGUGUCAUCGGAGCUCAAGAGGUGUACCGUGACCCAAGAGCUCGUCGCCUGGCCGAACAAGCCCAACAGAAAGACAAAACCCGUAGCGAAGCCGUGCCAGAGAAGCUCUCCUUCAAGGAGAAGAUGAAGAUGUUUGCCAUGGAAACCGGGGAGCCAGACACUCCGAAAGAUAAGAGCAAGAUUAGCAGAGCGCAAAGGGAAAUCGACAACAUCUCAACGCCCAGCAGCAAUUUGGUGCAUUGAUGAGCAUGAAUCAAGAUUAGUUUUUAUGGAAUUUGUCGCACCUUUUGUACGUGUUUUCUACUCUGGUCUAGUGACAGAGGCGUAUAGAGGAAAAAUGUGUACAUAUAUGCCACCACAUUCCACCCGCAAGGGGAUAUUUUGUUGAAGUGGCAGUGGCGGAUCUAAGGUUCCCGGGCCCGAAGCAAAUACUUCGUAGGGGACCCUCGAUUUUCAAAACUGGAGCACAGUGCGUCAUUUAAGGUUCGUCUCUGUCAGCCUGUACCUUGGAAGGCGAGAUAAAUAAAAAGCAUACAAUAAGAAGAGUCAUAUCAGCCCACAAUUCAUUGGUUUUAUGUAUAUUUCAAACAAGUUUUUUCUUUUGCAAUACCGAAUGUUAAUUUGUUGUUUAAAUACUUAGUAGAGCGUAGAUGGUUUCCGAAAAAUAAGAGUGAAUGAACAGCGAAAAAGAUAGCUUCAAUGAAGCUGUUGAAAACAUUUUACAUUAUGACACAUCCGUAGGGUACAUAGAUACAAAAUAUUACUAAGAAGAAAUGAGCAUUCUUAAAAAACAUAAUUCCGGAAAAAUCGAUCAACAUUCCACAUUUUCAAAUGUGCUUUAUAGCAAAUAUCUUGCAGGUCGUUUAAAUAAUCGAUAAACUUGAAGAACAUCUAUACAAAUUUUGACGUAUUGCUCAUAUAAUUUGGAAAAACCACAUUUUCCGAAAAUAAAACUUAUACAAAACUCUAUUUCGUCGUUAUGUAGCGUAUAAAAAAGUGAAAGCAUUGGAAACAAUAUUAAUUCAUUAAAAAGUGCCCAAGGUUAUUGAAUAUAUGUUUGAUGCUUAUUGCAGAAACGCAAAUCCUUCACAUAUUCACUUUAUAUUUAAUAAUCACGUAUUCAAGUAUUCUUUCAAUCAAUUUACACAGAUAUCCCUCAAAUUAAACCUGUUUUCGGAAAGGGAUUAUUAUUUGUAAAGUAACACCCAUCAACAUCGACUGAGAGCCCUUGAGUGCUGAGUUCCAUGUGAGGUUUGAUCUACCCUUGGAAACAAUGCAACAGUAACACUUCCUUGAGGAAGGUUCAAGCGAGGAUUUAAUAUUUUCAUUUCACAUUAGGCUGUCAUUGACUUCAGAAAGAUCAACUAGAAUGAUUUUUUAACUGCUAGGGAAAUAUCCAUAGUUUGAUUUCUGAAGUGCAAUAUUCUAUAUGAGAGCUUAGCAUUUUUGUUCUUUGAAACAUUCCAAAAUUCAAAAUAACAAAUAUGCAGACGAUGCGCUAUUUUAAGCAAACAAUUAAGCCUUCAUGAAAUGUCUGGUCUCAAUAGUCCAUUCUAUAGGGUUUUCCAUUAAGGACUUGACAACUUUCUUUUUAAGUAAAACGCAAACCAUUUGAGAUAUCUCAAAAAUUAUGAAUUAUACUCAAAACAUUUAUGUAUGGAAUUCGACCUCGUUCAUAUGUCCACCACGGGCACGUUCGCAGGAUCGAUUCGUUGAACCGAAUUUUCUAUGACCCGGCCACACAUUUCGACAGAAAUGGCCGCUAUCUCUCGUUCAAUAUUGGCUCUGAGCUCCUCUAACGAUGCCGGCUUAUUGGCAUAGACCAAUGAUUUAAUGUAUCCCCACAGAAAAAAAGUCUAGAGAUGUCAAAUCACACGAUCUAGGCGGCCAUUCGACAGGACCAUUUCUCGAUAUAACAUGUUCACCGAAUUUUGAUUUCAAUAUGUCGAUUUUUUCACCCGCUGUGUGGCUUGUGGCACCGUCUUAUUGAAACCACAUAUCAUUAACGUCUAAUCCCAAUUGACCAAAAAAAAGAAUGUUGCAACAUGUCUCUGUAGCGAUCUCUGUUGACUGUAACGUGACGGUCAUUUUCAUCAACGAAAAAAGAAAAAACGACCCAAUGGCACCACCGGCAUGAAAACCACAAGAUACAGUUAUUUUUUGUGGAUUAACUGGUUUUUCUUGAAGCACAUGAGGGUUUGUACCUAACCAGUAAUGCAUAUUCUGUUUGUUGACGAAGCCGUUUAGCCAAUAAUGCGCGUCAUCACUGAAAAUGAUUUUGCGAUGAAAUUGGUCAUUUUCUUGCAACAUUUCUAGAGCCCAAUCGGGAACUUACGUCGGUUCUUAUGAUCGAACAGUUUUAGUUCUUGAGUUAACUUGAUCUUGUAAGGGUGCAGGUCAAGAUCUCUUCACAAAAUUCGCCAUAGUGUGGUCUGAGCGAUGCCCAAUUCUUGAGAACGCCGUGGAAUCGAGGUGUUCUGUUCGUUUGCGACGGAAGCUUGAACGGCAGCAAUAUUCUCGGCACUUCGACCAACCCGUUCACACUGGCACGAGAACGUCUAGCAGCGAAUAUGUGGAAUGAAGUUUUUUUUACUAGACUAUGAAUGCUUGUCUACUGGGACGAGAACUACGACCAAAAGUUGUCGUUAACGCUCUUGAAGUUGCAGUUACCAACUCGGAAUUUCGGUAGUGAAUUUUAAUUAUUUGUAAGCGUUGUUCGUUCGUGUACUUCAUCAUGAUGAAAAUGUUUUCUUUACUGAAUGUUUUGACAUUGACAGUUCGGUAAUUGAUUUGAAGGUGCGUUCACAGUGAAAGUUUAAAGUUGUCAAGUCCCUAUUGGAAAACCCAUCCAAUAGGAAAAAGGCAGUUUUUAAAAAAUUACUCUAUAGAGAAUAUUAUUACCCCAGCUGUUACUAAAUCAUUCUACUUGCUUUAGAUUAGAUGUUCUUCCACAAUGUUUUCAGUUGUUUACGGGUUCUUUUCGGUGUAUUAUUUUGGUUAAGGUUUUUGCAAUUCGCUCUCAAGCAUCGCCCGUCAAUGUGAUUGAACAGCUAUCUGUUUUUUUUUUAUUUUCAACAAUUCCUUUAAAUUUAUCCAGGAUCUCGGUCAGAUGCAUUUUCUUUGCUUCGCUAAAUUCCUUUUAGGUUUGGUUUCACACAUGAAAUUAUUACGAAAGAUUUGAUUCUUUUUGAAAUACUGUACCAAGCUAUCAAGUAGUGUAGCCCAUAAUCUGUGGUACCAAGGCUGUAUGCUGAAUCUGACAGAUGUGAUGUACAAACUACAGCUAGCCCAAGUUCCGUGCAGUACUGGCUCCGAGUCCGCUAUAAAUUCAAGGCAGCAACUACAUUACUAUUUUACAUUAUUCAACAAUAUUUAGCACAGAAAUAAAACAUUCUGUCCCAGAUUUAUCAAUAACAUGCUAAAUACAUUUGGUUACCAAAGAAAAAUCUUUCUGACAUCAAUGUUAGCCUGUGAUUACAUCUGUUGUAGCAUACUGUGAAAUGCAAAUAUUAAAUCCUCCUUUGAACGACCCUCAAGGAAGCGUUAUUGCUACCAUGUAUACAUUAUUCAAAACUGCAGAUCAACCCUCAAAUGGCAUACAGUCCUAAAGGGACGUCUAUAAACUAGACUUGAUAAAUCUUUAAGAAAGUGUUUCAAUGUUGGUGCUAAACAGUCUCUUUGGAGAGCUCGUGAAGUAACAAUAAUUUUAAGUGGAGAAUCGAGACCAAGUUUCUCAAGGUGUUAGAAAUAUUUUGUGGCAAACAAUUUUCAACUGGAAUCUUUAUCUAAAAGGAUUUUAGGUUUAUUAUUGUUUAGAAAAGUAUCAGUUGAAUUCAAGUUAAAAAAGUCUUGAAACAUAAAACGAAAACUACUUCCUUCCAACCCACAAAUGAUAGCUCAUUUGUUUUAAAUAUAUCUUCCAAUUCAUAGUCAGAUUUGUAAACACUAUCUAGACUUAUUACUAAUUUCAGCUCUAUGGUGGUUUUGCUUUUUUCCGAUACACCUCAACAUUUGUAUCUAAACACCAAUUUUUGCUCACUUGUCUUGGAAUAGCGACAUGCAUACCGAAUUUGAGCAAAUCGAACCAAUAAGACUCUCAUAUAGUCAAAAUAUACAAAAUUCUUUUUCCGUAGAUAUCUAUAUUAAUGACAUCUAUAUAAGCAACUUGUGAUAGUUUUAAUAAUAUAAUCCUCUUACUAACGACCAAGUAUUAUUCCAUAGAUCAUUUUACAUAUAGUCAUUUUGAGGUGGAUUCAUUAUAUUGCCCAAAACUAUACUGAUAUUCAAAUUAAACUUUUUAACCUAAGAUAUUACAAACUUUAGAAAAUUUUUUAACAACUUUGAAUUUCUGGUUAAACUUUUGCAAAGGACAAUUUGGGUUUACCUGUAAUAUCCGAAACAGAUGUGGUAACAAUGAAGGGGCUCAAAGCCUGUCGGUGUAAAAUGAAGCCUUCACGAACCAGACAAUGUAUUUAUCCACAUUCAGUAAAUUUUGUAGAUGUAAUCAGAUGUAGUUUGCUGAACAUCUUUGCCUGAGGAAUGACCCUCAUGACUGAUAAUUGUAAAUUUUGCUGCCUAAUCAUAGACAGAAAAAUUGAUAGAUUUUGACUGAGGUGAACAUAAAUUGACAAAGAUAACUUCACAGACAAAUGAAGUGUUACAUGUGUAUGUUUUGGAUGAAGCAGCAAAGCUUACAAGUCUCAUUUAAUUUACUAUGUGCCGUCCAAAAGAAGAUAGCAAUGAACAACGAUAAUUGGUUUGCUUUAUUUAUAUGGACUCUAAACGACGUUUCACGAGCUUAGAAUUAUUGCCUUGAAACCAUAAUCUAUAUCUGUAUAAAUGUGAAUGUCUGUCCAGACUGUCAAAAUCAUAUCUGAACCUCAAUACGGAAAGACGUAAAAUUUGGACAGCUUUUUGCAGAAAGGAACCAACCCAAAAAGACAAUUAUUGAGCAAUUAGGCUUUACAGUUUUGACAAUGGUAACAAAUUCAUUCCAGACCAAACACGAUUUUAAUUAAUUGCAUACUAAAGGCUUUAAAUAUGUGUAUGGAUCUUUUUUUACAGUAAAUGGUAUUGCUUGUAAUAGUUUAUUUUCCUAAAAUCUAGAUUCUAGGAUCAGUCCAUUUGUACACUUAUUUAUUGAAACCCAAAAAGUAUAGAUAGAUCAAAAUAUAUCGGAAAAUACGUUUCCUAGAGAAAAACGUAGAGUGAAGUUGUAAGGUUUGAAAAGAUCCAUCCAUUGGUUAUCUGUAACGUGACCUUGACAGUGAUCUUCAAAGUUAUUUAAAGUUAAAGACUCAAAAUAGGAGCUGCUGUCCUCCAUGCCUAACUUUCAGGAGUAAUAGAAGGGCUAAAUUCAGGCAAUUGCAUAAUUCUUUUCAAAUAAUUGCCCUAUAUCAAUUCUCAUAUGUAACUUCAAUAUAACUUCAUCAUGAAGUAUUGUGAUUUUUAUCUAUUAUUAGUGUCAUUAUAGAUGGUAAUCAAAUCAGUCUCGAAAAAAUUCUAGCUUAUUCUUGUAUUAAUCACAUCGCUUGAAUACUUGCCAUUAUAUCAAAUUUCAAAAUAAUUUGAUUUUUUUUCACUAUAAAUGAAACCCGUAUUCUUCCUAGAGAAAAAUGUUGUAGAGCAAAGUUGUAAGUUUUGAAAAGAUCCAUCCUAUGGUGAUCUCAAACGUGACCUUGACAGUGAUCUUCACUUAAUAGCCCAAUUUUCCGGAGUAAUACAAGUGUUAAAUUCAGAUAAUUGCUGCUAUACUUUACAAAAAAUUGAACUAUAGUAAUUCUCAUAUGUAGUUUCAAUGAAUCAAUUAUUGUGAAUGUAACUAUUAUUAGGCCUGAAUUAAAGCCAUCUCAGAAAAAUUCUAGCUUAUUCUUAUGUUAAUUACAUCGCUUGAAUACUUGCUAUUAUAUUAAAUUUUCAAAAUAAUUUGAUUUUAUUUACUCUAAACGAAACCCCUAUUUUGACGCCAAACAUGUGAAGAGCGGAACAUUUUUGGGGGAAAGAAUGUCUUAGAAUAUGACCUUCAUGAUUAUUUGAGUACAUCUAUAAAGUAGGGGAAGGGCAAAAUACAUUAAAAAAAUAAUAUGUAAUAAAGUUGUAAGGCUUGAAGAAAUUCAUUCAGUGGCGACCUUGAACGUAACUAUGACCUUUGAUACUCAUUUAAAGGUCAAAACAGACUUCUUACUAUUUUUUAGAUACCAGAAAUAAAAAGAGCAAGCAACUUCAUCCUCAAGUAUGUCCUUGAUCAUGACUAUGACGAUCAAUGUCAUCUGAAGAUCAAAUGCAUUUUUAGCCGGAAACAUCUGUUUUUAUUUUAUGAAAUGCAAAUUGCGGACAACUCUAAGUUCAAUUAUAUCCUUUUUUCAGAUAAUCAGAUAAAUUUUCAAGUGACCUUACUUUUCGUUGGGUAUAUAAACAAAGCGACACAUUGAAAUUAAUCACCUUUGUGAUUGAAACGUUCACAAUAAAGGAAAUACACGUGGUUUUGUUGACGAGACUACCAUGGGGGGAUUAUUGAAGUUAAUUUAUUCUUGCAUUAAAAUGUUAAUUGCAUAACUUUGAAUAUUGCAUUUCUUUUUCCAAAACCAAUCUCCGUCACACUAAUAAAUAACCUAUACCUUACACUACUUCCAUGCGAGCGGAGCCGCGGGCUUAGUCUAGUGUAAAAUAAAAUGAAAUGAACCUUGAAUGUAAAAUAAUUGCUUGGGUAAUUAAUUUUCAUAUAGUGAAACAUUCUAAAAUUGACGUCCUGUCAAAUUUCAGUUCAGAAAAAUGAUUUCGAUACUUAAAGGCGCUUAUUUUUACUAAAGUUUAAACCAGUAACUGUUUGGAAUCUUGCAGACUGUAGACAUUUCAAGUAAGGCACUAUAUGUUGUCUCUUCCAGCUCAACUUUGAGGUUUCACUUUAGCAUCGUCUAAUCUGCUCGGUAUUUCCUUGGUAUCCGUCGAAAUAUAGAGAUAUCGUGUUUUUGCAUACAUUUGUUUAAAGUAACAAAAGUCAUCAACUGUAUGCAUCUUUAUUUGAUGCCUGUUUUCGGAUAAAAUCUUAUAGUUUUAUGCUCGUGACAUCGUCUAUAUCCAAACGUAGUGGCUUAUGAAGUGAUGAAAAAUUGUUUUUCCUUUUUUUCUUCCGCUGUCUUUUCCCAUUUUACUGAAUAUAUAUUGUAUUAUAAAGUAUGAUAAAAUCCCUAUUUUUUUGUCAAUUUAUACAUAGAUAAAUUAUUUUGUAGAACUAGCUUCUAGAUAUUUUUAUAAUUUGAAAGCAAUACUUGCACAUAAGGACCAAUGUUCGAUAUACUAUACAUAUUAUAUAUACACCUUUAUUGCAUUUCAUUUUGAUUUUUAUUUUGAAUUGACAUUUCAGUAUAAAUGGAUAAAAUUGCUUUAAGUAUAUGAACAACGCGUAUAUUCGAGUCCUAGUGUACAUAAAAGUGUAUUAUACUGAAAGAUCUAGAUUUAUUCGUCUUAUAGACUAUAGAACAGAUUGAUUUGUUCAUUAUAUAUUACCUAAAAAUAAAUAUAUAGUCAUUGCAAACAUGUGUUUGAUUCCAAUAAAGCCGACCUUUUAAAAUAUAAUAUAUAAAUAUACAGGGCGUCCAAUAAGUACCACGACAAACUUAAGGAGAAGGUAACACACAAUAACAAAAACUUACCUAUAUAAAAGUGUCACCGUUUUUGGGAGAUUGAAUUUUUUCUUAGAUUUAAAAAAAACGAACCUUUGCAUCUGUGGUCUUUAGCUGCAUGCACAAAUAAGGUUAUACUUUGUUCAUUUUUUCUAUAAAAUAC